AAGUAGCUACUCCGCAGCUAUUCCUAUUUGACAGUGUUCUGCAUUUAGCUUGACUUCCCCCUCCCCCCAUAUCCCUCUAGCGAUCGCGAGUUUAGGGCAAGACGAGUAGCGUCGCUGCGGGGGUGUGGAGUGGGUAGGUUGGUGGGAAAGAGAAGUGAUGCGCUCCCACUCAGUUCCGAAGAUACGAAGGAACGCUGAAUUCUGAGUGUGGCCGGCUUGAAUAUGCGGACAGAGACAAGUGCCCCUCUUCUGACGAUCAAGCUGAGCGAUCAUGCUGACUCACUUCACACUGAUGUCUUGCUGACCCUUUCUCUGCCUAAGUUAUGAACAUUGACCUGCAGUUCUUCAGAUGGUCUUCAAGGACUUCCUGGAUAAGCUGUUGCACUUGGGACAUUUUGGCAGGCUGGACACAGAAUCACCUCUGUUCCAAAUGUUCUCUAUUUGGAGAUAAUGGCUCUCACUGUGGAGUCCAAGAACUUUAAUUGAGUCCCUUAGGAUUGCUGCAGAAAUGUCAUUUCAUAUUCACCAUAUGCAGAGUACGUAUUAAAUAGUGAGUAUUACACAACUUUGGUUUAUGCAGAAAGUUAGCAAUGUGCUUGCAGAAUAAUUUUUUAUUAUUAUUAUUUCUUAUUUCCUUUACUUUGCCAGUGUUGAUGCACAAAUUAACCAGAGACAGAGACAUAGCAUGACAUUCUAGUCCCCUUUAAAACUGUAGACCAAAGCAAACUUUUUAGUCCAAGCCUUUCGAUACUUAAAGCUGAAAUGACCAGGAGAAGUCAUUAACUGAUUGAAAGGCUCAAAAGAUGUGCUUUUAGUUUGAAACUAAAUGGUGAGUCUUUUCUUCCUAUUCACAGUUUAUGCUUUUCAGGGAAAGGUACCCUCUGUAAAGGUCUCACAGGAUUAUGGACCAAGAGCCUGCUGGAUAUACAAAGCAUGCACAUUCAGCAUUCUGAAGUAUGGAGUGACAUUCAUAUUUAACAGGGAGCUAGUGAUCACAAUGUAAAAUAGAAGGUUAUGUUAGGUUAACGAUUAUUAUUAUUAUCUUAGUCAAAGUUCUUUUGGGAAAAUUAAUCAAAAUUUAACCAUAUUUGAAUUACCUGCCACUUAAUAUUACAGGCCCAGUCUCAACAUUUUGCCGAAAAUCCAAAUAAAAUCUCAACCUAUGCCACAUCAUAGCCCUAUUAGUCACUGGUAAGAUACAACACGCCAUUGUCUCCAUCAUUGAUUGAGCCCCGAAAUAAGUGUAAAUGCAUGUGCUACGGAAUGCUAAGCAAUAUUUUUACCAAUGAUACCACCACAUAAAAAUUCCAGACUUUGAGGAGGUACAUGAAAAAAUAUGAGAAAAGUGAGUAUGCUUUUCCUUGUCUACCGUAAAUCCUCAAAUUGUGUCCGGGAUUCUAUUCUGAAGCCGGGCCUCGGAUAAUAGCCGGGGGCGUGGUCGAUUCGGACAAAUAAAGGCCGGCCCCCAAAUACAAGCCGGGGUAAUAUUGCCUACCAGUACGGCAAUCAGUUGUUUCGAUUUAACUCAAUGAAAUAAAAGAGCUCUUCUUAAUAUUUUAUGGUGUUGGUUGGUUUAAUACUGUUGCCAAUGAAAAGUCGUUGUCCUACACCAUGGGUCUCCAACACCUUGCUCUCAAGCUACCAGUCGCUUGCCGCCCCCUUCUGAGUAGCUUGCCAAAGGCUGAAGCAGUAUACAUUUAAACACAAUUGUUGCCGCGAGGCAUUCCAGCCUACAAAUUUAAUAAAAGAAAAUCAGGCAAAAUUAAAAAUUAACUCAAUUUAGGCUACUUGGCUACGCAAUAAGGUUUCCAUGUAUUUACAGCACAGCGCACGUUCAAUGAAUGAAUGAAAGGGACUGCCUUGGCUCGCAAUAAACAGACGGGUGGAAAUCCCGACACUCUUUAAACUACAUAAAACUUAACAGUGAACCAUCAAAUACCCCCCAGAUUUCACCUCCCAGAUUUCAGUGCCCAUCAGUCCCAACAUUUAGCAAUAGAAUCAAACAGUCCAAAAGUAAAUUAAAUCCCAAACCAAAGCGAAAAUCUUUUGAUUGCCUACCGGUAUGCUGCUCCAAACGAAACGCAUGUCUCACAAUAAAUCGCACUUUAGGAAAAAAAGAUCCUUAACUUGCUGUUAUCUACGCUAAUUUGUUAUUGUUCAUGAAGGCGUGUCUGGCAAGUUGUUAUUUUAUGAAGACGCAUCUGUUUUGGCUUUCAUUAAUGGUUUAGCUACUCAAGUUGCGUUUCUGAACGGUUACAGGAAGUGUUGAACAGUGUUGGCCCACUUUAAGUGUAGCCUUUUACUUUAUUUCUAAGAAUAAAAUUCUACAACAGAAGCCUAAUAAGAAAUAAAGGCCUGCAUCGAAUACAAGCCUGCCCCAAAUAAAGGCCUGUGCUUUGUGCAGCCUAAGUAAAUAAAAGACCCCGGCCACAAUUUGAGGAUUUACGGUAUACCUUGGCAGAGACAGCAAGGACAGAGGAAUGCUCUAUCCCACAAGUGAAUUACUGUUCCAUUACAAUUGGCACUACCACAUGACCACUGAACUUGUUAACACUCAAAUCAUGCAAAACAAAUCAUUUGAAAAAUCGAAAUAUCAUUUUGAAAAACAGAAAGUGUCAUCUGCAAAAUAAAUUUACUUCAUCACUCAUUAAUAUUUGUACCAACACUCUCUUAUAAACUCAUUUCACAUCCAUCCUUUCUCAACUGAAACUUUCCCAUCAAUACAAUAAUGCUGUCACUGACCAAUUCUGGUUUCAUAUGACCACAGCACCUUCAUUCAAUCAUAAUUUAAUUGAUCAAAUCAAACCAUCAGUAUGUUAGCCAUUGAAAUAAGGAGAGGCACUUCAUAUCCACAGUGAGAUGUGGUGGUGGGUCAGUGAUGCUUUAAUUCCAGAGGUCCAGUGGCACUGUUUAAGAUCAAUGGUAUAAUGGAUUCUACCAAGAAUUUUGGCUGACAAUCUGGUUGUCUCUACCACAAGCCUGAGACUUGGCUGUCAGUGGACUCCAGCAAGGUAAUGAGUCCAAGCAUACCUCAGAUCAUUACAUUACAUUACAUUACAUUACAUUACAUUAUUGGCAUUUGGCAGACGCUCUUAUCCAGAGCGACGUACAACAAAGUGCAUAUCCAUAACCAGGGAUAAGUUCGCUGAAAGACCCUAGAGGGAAGUACAAUUUCAACUGCUACCUGUACAACAAAGAUAAGGAUGAGGGCCAAUAUUUUUUUAUUUUUUUUUAAACAAGAAACAAACAAACAGAGCAAAAGUGACCAAAGUUAACUAUCAAAACACUGCUUACCUAGCCAACUAAAAAAUACCGAUACACAAAGCAAGUCACAGAGACAACAAUUAAGGUUCACAGGGAGGUAGGGAGGGAUGGGGAGAGGUGCUGCUUGAAGAGGUGUGUCUUCAGCUUGCGUUUGAAGGUGGGGAGAGAUUCUACAGUAUGAGAUCCACACAGAAAUGGUUUUGUGUCAACAAAAUCUAUGUUCUGCAAAGGCCAUCUAAGACACUGGACCUCAAUCCAAUCAAAAACCUGUGGGCUGAACUGAAGAGAGCAGUAGAUAAGCACAAACCCAAGAAUGAGAAGGAUUUUGCAAGGAUCUGCAUCGUGGAAUGGUCAAAAAUCCCUCCAAAUGUAUUCUUUAACCUUGCCAAGCAUUUACAGGAAAAUACUCAAUGAUUUUAUCCUUUCCAGGGGUGGAUGCAGCAAGUACUAAACCAGGAGUGGUACAGUAUUUUGAUAUAUGUUGACAUUUUACAGGUAAAAGUAUUUCAUAUGUAGGUAGGUGUGUGAUUACCUAUGAGUAUGCAUGUAUGCAUGUACUGUAUGUGCCAGUGGGGCGGCCUGUAGCGUAGUGGUUAAGGUAAAUGACUGGGACAUGCAAGGUCAGUGGUUCUAAUCCCACAAUAAGAUCCACACAGCCGUUGGGCCCUUGAGCAAGGCCCUUAACCCUGCAUAGCUCCAGGGGAGGAUUGUCUCCUGCUUAGUCUAAUCAACUGUACGUCGCUCUGGAUAACAGCGUCUGCCAAAUGCCUGUAAUGUAAUGUAAUGUUUCACAUGUUUAUGCUUGCACGAAAUCUACGUCUAUGACUGUUUCCUCAUCUGCUCGAAGGAGUAGGCUACAAGAUUAUGCAAUACUCAUACUCAGACAUUUAAACUUCUAGCUAAUCAUUUUAACUAGAAUCAUUGGUAGGAACUAACCUGCGCAGUUAAUGUUUCCGGGUGAACAUACUACACCAGCGGAAUUCAAAUGGAAAUGUAGAAUUUCAGUCGAUGACAUAUUUAUAUUUCAGUAAAAAUGCAGUGUAGUGGCUAUCUUCCCACAACAUACUAAUCGUCCGAAGUAGCUAAUUAAAAGUAAAAGUUACGCCAAUAUGGUAGCUGGUUAUAUUUGGUAUCGUAACGUUACCUAACCCAUUUAACCAGUUCGGACGAUGCUGAAACACCACUGAAUUUUCGUCAACAUUAGCUGCCUAAAAUAAACAAAACAAUAAUAUUUUAAAAAUUGUAAUACUAACGACAUAGCUCAUUCUGAAAGUAGCUUUACAUGGCAUCCGCAUACUUUAGACUGAGCGCAAAGGUUGUAGUGCAUGGAAUAAGUUACGAGUUGGCGCUGUUUUAGCUUGUUAAUGUUAACAAACCAGCCAACUUUAUUCUGACUUUUUGAAUAAUAAACGCGAUAACUUCGCUUUUGAGCGAACUUUAUAAUACCCUGGCGAAGAGGGAAACCACAAUCUGAGGUGUCCCAAUUGAUCUGUGGGGCCACCUGUAUUCACCAUGGCGGGAAGAGGUCGUGGAAGGGGCCGGGGUCAACUAAGCUUCAACAUGGAGGCUGUGGGGAUUGGAAAAGGGGAGAACCUUCCCCCCUCAACUCUUCAACCCACUCCACCUUUCCCUCCCAUGGAACACAAGCCCGUGCCCCUCCAGACCAGCGAGGAGGCGGAGUACAUGCUGGCUCUCAAGCAGGAGCUGAGGGGGGCCAUGAAGAGCCUGCCCUUCUACAUCCGGCCAGCUGCACCCAAAAAAGAUGUUGAGCGCUACUCUGAUAAGUACCAGAGUACAGAGCCAACAGACAACACCAUUGAAUGGGAUCCUGACUGGAAAAGACUACCCAAAGAGCUGCGGAUCAGAGUUAGGAAACCGCUGAAAGAGAAGGUUUCUGCGGUUCCCAGGAGCAGCAAGCAGACUGGUGUGGACAAAGAGGAGAUUAUCCGCAAGCUGGAGACACUUGAAAAGAAAGAAGAAGAAGUGAGCUCAGAUGAAGAAGGGCGGGAGAGGAAGAAGCAGGAUGAAGAAGAGCAGGAGGGUGAGGAAGAGUAUGACGAAGAAGAGUUUGAAGAGGAGACAGACUACAUCAUGUCAUACUUCGACAAUGGAGAGGAAUUUGGUGGCGACAGUGAUGACAACAUGGAUGAAGCCAUUUAUUGAGAAACAAUGUGGCUGAUCCAUCUAGAGAAGUGAAGUAUCCUCUCAUCUGAAGGUGUGAACAGACACGGAGAGAAACCAAGGCCUCAGUCCAUCACUGAACACAGUCUCAUCCCUUCAAUAUGUGCAGUCCCAGUGGAGUGGAGUGUUUUUACCAUUCUCUCUUGGAUCACUUGGACUGAUUGUAUUGUACUGAAGACUCUCUUGGUCCUUGUUUUAUCUGGGCUGUGGCCCUAAUCUUUUUGUGAUCACCCUGCACUUUUAGACAUAGAGUAUGACACCCAAGUUUCAGAACAACUCAUUUUAGUCAGCUUCAUCACUGUUCAUAGUGUCUUUUUUGUCUGUUUUACUGUUUUAUAACAAACAUUUUAUGGUGCAUUUUUAGAGUCUACUUUGAAAAUAAUAUUUUAGGGUGCACUGUUGGUAUUUUUAAUGAUGGCACAGGUUAUAUUUUUAAAAAUUCAAAAAAUUGGACCAUGCAGUGUUACAGUUUUACAGUAAUUUCCCAGCUGUUGUUAAUUCAUUUCUUGCUUUUGUAUGUAGUUUUAACUGUUUUUUUGAUAAUAUUUUUAAAGAAUAAUGCGAAUGUAAAAAUGUACAUUUUUCUCAUGUUAUGUUGAGGAGAAAAAAGAUUAUUGAAUUCCA